GUGCUCUGAUUGGCUAGUAACCCGGCGUGUCGUCACCCGGAUGUAGAAUCUCCGGAACGAGGUCUCUUCACGUGUGUGUUUAUUUGAGUUACAGAAAAACAGAUCCCGUCACCAUGACCUCGUUGGCCCACCAACUGAAGAGGCUCGCGCUGCCUCAGAGCGACCCCGACCUGCUGACCCGCAGAGAGGUCGCCUCGCUCCUCUUCCACCCCAAAGAUGCCGCCUCUAUGGACCGAAGCACCUUCUACGCCCUCGGCUGCACAGGGCUGGAGGAGUUGCUGGGGAUCGAACCCGCCCUGCUGGAGUUCCAGGACACCCUGUUCAGCCGGGCUUCGCUGACCCUAGAGCGCAGCGUCCAAUCUAGGGAGGUCAACGAGAAGCUGGACGCCAGCAUAUCGCUCUUCCUCGCCCGCCUCGGCCCGUACUUCCUCCUCAGGCCGGCUCACAAGUGCCUCGAGUGGCUGGUCCACCGCUUCCACAUCCAUCUGUACAACGUGGACAGCCUGCUGGCCUGCGCGCUGCCAUACCACGACACCAACGUCUUCGUCAGGGUCCUGCAGCUGCUGAAGAUCAAAGACGCCACCAACCGCUGGAGCUGGCUGCAUAGCUUGCAGACAGGUGGCGUUCCGCUCUCCAGAGGAGCUCUGAUCACCCACUGCUACACGGACCUGAGCUUCAUGGACUUCAUCUGCUCGCUGGUCACCAACGCCGUGCAGGCGUAUUCAGGGCGCCUUGGUGACUGCUCCCAGCUCAGGGUGGUCUUCUCCUUCUACUCCUCCACCAUCGUCUCCUCUCUGGAGGCUGUGGACAAAGUGUCCGACGUCAUCAUCUCCAAGCUGCUGCCAUUCGUCCAGAAGGGUCUGAAGUCUCCUCUGACGGACUACAGAGCCUCCUCCUUCAUGAUUGUAUGCCAGCUGGCGGUGAAGGUGGUGAUGGAGGCGAGUCUGGUGGACUCCCUCGCUGCCCACGUCUGCAGGUCUCUGCUUGGGGGAGCGGCGCUUACCAGGGAGGGUCUGGGCUGCCUGACGGUGCUGCUGCAGAACCAGAAGGAGGGCUCUGUGGGGCCCAGGGCGUUCCUCAGCCUGAGCCGAGUGCCGGCGCUGGCCUCCACGCUACAGGCGAUGGCGACGAACCACGACGUGGCUCCUCUGCUGCGCUACCUGUUGCCUCACCUGAUCCACGCUGUCUUCAGCCCCUCCCCAGGUGUGGCGCAGACCGACGAGCUCGGCGUGCUGGAGGCCGUCCUGAAGUCUGUCCCUCUGACCGGAGACCUGGACCGAACGGCAGCGCGGUUGAUGCUGGAAGAGUACCUCGGUCAUGUUGAACUCUCCGCUGAGGAAACCUCGGACCUCCACCGCCGCCUCUCCCCUCUGGUCCGGCUGUUUGAAUCCAGAUACUGCGCCGCUAUGGACGGCCUCCUCGUGGGUCACGUGGCCGGCGUCGGUGAGCAGAGGCGUCGGUACCUGCAGUUCCUCUCUCUGUCCACCUGCAGCGGGAAACACCAGGUAAUCGGUGACUCGGACACGUCGCUGCUGCUCAGUCUGAAACACCCGCAGCCUUCCGUCAGGGUCUCUGCGUUGGAGCACCUGAUGGGCGUGGUCGCCUCCGCUCAGCCGAGUUUAGACGAAGUCUUCGUCAGAGACGCCGUCACGGACCGACUGAAGGACGACGUGCCUGAGGUCGUGUCAGCCACUCUCAAGGUCAUGGAGGUUCUGUUGGACGUGUUGGAUCCCGAGGACUCGGUGUCCUCUCUAUUGUCGCUGCUGCACAGAGACGAUUCGUCCCAGGACGAUCACUGGCUGCCGGUGCUGACGGAGGCGGUGCAUUUACUGUCCGAUCCACGGCUAGGAAAAGGGGACACCGAGCUGGUGCAGAAGGCUGGCUGGCGGCUCCUGCCCUUCCUGGUCAUCACCUCCUCGGACGAGCUCAGCUUGGUCUCCUGCGUCGCCCGGUCCGCCGUCGUGUGCCGACACCCGCUCACCCGGAACUGGGCUCCAGAGUUUGACGAGCUGAUGAAGACGAGCGGGGAUGAAGACUUUGUGGGUUCGGCCAACGAACGCCUGGUCUCCACGUUGACCGAGAACCUGUCGAACAUGGAGAACUCCUCUAGACGGGACGCCCUGGAGCAGCUGGCCCAGCUGGUGGAGCAGCAGCGGGGCUCCUCCCUCCGGGCCCGGGCCUCCUUCCCGGUGCUGACCCGGACUCUGCUGCGUUGCCUGGGCCAGCUGAGCGGGACCCAGCACCUGCUCACCGCCCAGCGGGUCUACGCGCUGCUGGAGGCGCGGCUGCUGGAGGUCAUCGGGGUCGCCGGCCAGGAAGUUGUGAGCCGUGUGGCGCCCUCCUUCUCCGAAGCCCUGACGCUCUACCUGAGCAGCUGUGGGCGACCAGGUGAGCGGCCGGACCAAGAGUUCAGCUUCAUCCUGAUCUCUCUGCUCAGAGACUUCAUCUCCUCCCUGCGGUGCCACGACGCCUCCUUCAAAGGUGACGUGUGGUGGAACCCGGAGAAGUUUGACACAAACACCUGUUGUUACCUCGGGAUCACCUGCCGUCUCUUUGGUGUCAUCAUAAGCGGCGCCGGCGAGGGGCCGUCCGCUGCCAGCUUCCGGGACCUGAUGAAGCUGCUGAUCCAGGUUCACCUCAGUGAGCCGCCGAUGCUCUUCCGCUUCCUGUGCGUGCUGUGGGGCUACAGCAGUAACCAUGGCGACCAGCUGGACGUGAAGGUGGGCGCCGUCCUGCAGACCCGGGCCCUGUAUGUGGGCGGGGCUCUACUGAGCGCCAUGCCGGCUGUCACGCUGGAGCAGCUGGUCGCCGCUGACUCGCCCGUGGUCCCGUCCCUGCUCUGCUGUCUCACCUCUCCGGUUCGGGAGGUGCGGAGGGCGGCGCUCGCCGCCCUGCAAGUCCUUUCAGAGGCUGCCGCUUCUCCCUUCCAGCCAAUCACAGAGAGGCUCCUGAAGACCUCAGAAGAGAUCAUCGCUGACCCGACGUACCUGAGCCAGGCUCUGGGGCGACUCCAUGACGAGUCGACGUCCCUCAAAGCGACGUCCAUGCAGAAGAAGAUGCGCUCCUCCAUCACUCAGCUGCUGCAGAGCGCCCAGACCCCCAGCUGCCCCUCCUACAGUGCCUGCAGCCUGCUGGGAGCUCUGAGCCAGGUCAACGGACAGUCCGUCCUGUCCAACCUGCUGCCCGUCCUGGAGCGCCUCCUGGAGCAGAGCACCCCCGAGGGCCCCGCCCCCCUGCGCUCCGAGGCCCGCCUGGUGCACCUGGUCCUGGGGAAGUACAACGAGGCGGCGGCCCCCCUGCUGGCAAGAGACCAGAGCUGCUUGGACCUGUUCAUCAGGGCCCUGAAGACCUCCAGCCAGCCCCACCCCGACAUGCCCCCCUGCCAGGUCAUCGCCCUGGAACAGAUCACCAAGCCCUUCUUCUCAGCACUGGGGUGCCAGUCGCUGCAGCAGCAGCUCCUGACGGUGGUGUUGGACGUGCUGGUGGAGACCAGCAGUCCUCUGGUGGCCGACACCGUCAGCAGCGUCUUCAAGGCGGUGACCAUCGACGGGCAGCUGGUGGCCAAUGAGCUGACUCCACCCGAGAGACCCAAAGAGAGCAUGACGGUGCAGCAGACCCGGCGUAGCAUGAUGAGUCAGAGGAGGCUCCAGGGGGCCUGUGAGGGGGGGGCGGGCGUGUCGUGGAGGAGGGUCACGCUCAUCCUGGAGCUGCUGCAGCACAAGAAGAAGCUGAAGAGAGCCCAGAUGUUGGUCCCAACUCUGUUCUCCCUGCUCGCCAGGAGUCAGCAGGCUCGUCCCGGCGAGCAGGUCAACAUGGAGUACACCAAGCAGCUGCUGCUCAGCUGUCUGCUCAACAUCUGUCACAAGCUGUGUCCUGAAGGGGGCGCCGCUGGUCCCGCCCCCCUGGAGGAGGACAAGUUCAACGUGGAGCUGGUGGUUCAAUGCAUCAGAACCUCUGACGUGCCCCAGACUCACCACCACGCCCUGCUGCUGCUCGCCACCGCCGCCGCCAUCUUCCCUGAGAAGGUCCUGCUUAACAUCAUGCCCAUCUUCACCUUCAUGGGUGCCAACAUCAUGCGCCUGGACGACGCCUACAGUUUCAGAGUCAUCGACAGGACGGUUCAGAUGGUGAUACCGGCUCUGAUCCAGGCCCACCAGCUUGCAGACGGCAGCUCUCCCUCUCACGUGGUUGCCGUGGUAACUCGGAUCCUCCACGUCUUUGCCGACGCUCUUCCUCACGUCCCCGAUCACCGGCGGCUUCCCAUCCUCAGUCAGCUGAUGACCACGCUGGGCCCCGAGCGCUUCCUCUGGGUCCUAAUGCUCAUCCUAUUCAAGCUGCACGCCACGCAGACUGCCAGGUCCACCAGCGAGAAGGAUGUGGCUCUUGAGAAAGACGUGGACUUCUGGAUUUCUCUCAGUUGUCGGUUCGACGUCACGGAUCAGCUGACCACCAUCAUCAACAUCCUGCACUUCCUGCUGCAGCUUCCUGACGACAGAGACGCCGCUCCGGUGAAGCGCCGGGCAGGACCCACAAAGAAGAAGACGGAGGAGGAGGAGGUGGAGGAGGUGCAGGAGCUGAUCUUCAGUCUGGAGAGCCACAGCAGCAAAGAGCUGAGGCACUUCAAGUUCCUCUCGCUCUCCUUCAUGGCUCAGCUGCUCGGCUCGGCCAGCUUCGUGGGGAAGGUUGCGGACGAAGUCGAUGCCGUGGACGAGUCUCUGCAGCAGAGGCUGCUGGAGGAGGUGCUGCGCUACGUCCACAGCGUUGCUCGCUGCGUGGAGGACAACACGGACCGGCCCACCGCCAAGUUCUGGAGGGUUCUGCUCAACAAAGCCUACGAAGUCCUGGACAAGGUGAACUCCCUGUUGCCCACGGAUACCUUCAUCACGGUGAUGAGGGGGCUGAUGGGUAACCACCUGCCCUCCGUCAGGAGGAAGGCCAUGGAGCUGCUGAACAACAAGCUGCAGCACCGCACCCAGUGGGAGGAGCAGCAGGUCACUGUGCUCCUACAGCUGACCGGCGACCUCCUGAGCAUUGUGGGUAAAGGCGGCGCCCAGGGGACGCAGGCGGAGCAGGCCAUCAACCGCCAGACGGCGCUCUACAGCCUCAAGCUGCUCUGUCGCAGUUUCGGCAGCGACCACCAGGAGGCGUUCGUGCCCGUCCUGCGGCACACGGUGGACAUCGUCAUGACGACGGAGGAGGAGAAGAACGUGACGGGCAGCGCUCUGCUCUGCAUCGCCGAGGCCGUCGCCACGUUGAAGGCCCUCGCCAUCCCACAGUUACCAAGGUUGAUGCCGGCGGUGCUCAGCGCGCUGACGGACAGGAAGGAGCUGUUGACCAAUGAGAUCUACCUGCUGAGCGCCGUCACCGCCCUGCAGCGCGUCGCGGAGACGCUGCCUCACUUCAUCAGCCCGUACCUACAGGACACCACCUCUCAGGUGUGUCGGCUGACUCGGCUGGUGGAGACUUCCUCGUCCUCUUCCUCCUCCUCCACUCAGCUGUCUGCUCGUCUGGCCUCCCUCAGGAGCUCCCUCGCCACCCGGCUGCCCCCCAGGGUCCUACUGCCCACCCUCACCAGGUGCUACGGCAGCAUGGUGGUGGACAGGAAGCGUCAGCUGGGGGCGCUGAUGAGCAUCCUGAAGGAACACAUUGGUCACAUGGAGAAAGACCAGCUCAACUUCCACCAAUCAGAGCUCACCUCCUUCUUCCUCACUGCCCUGGACUUCAGAGCCGAACACUGUCAGGGCGAUCUGCAGAAGACAGCGGAGGUCGAAGGUCACGUGAUCAACUGCCUGAUCACCAUGGUGAUGAAGCUGUCGGAGGUCACGUUUAGGCCGUUGUUCUUCAAGCUCCUGGACUGGAGUAAGUCGGCGAGCGGCGAGCGGCUGCUGACCUUCUACCGCUUGAGUGACGUCAUCGCCGGGAAGCUCAAAGGACUCUUCGUCCUGUUCGCUGGAAACCUGGUGAAGCCGAUGUCAGAGCUCCUGAGACAGACGGCCGGGUCCAAACCAGAUGAGGCGCUGUUUGGCUCUGAGGAGAAGACCAGUCUGCUGCUCCGCUCCGUGCUCGACUGUCUCUUUAAGAUCUUCCUGUUCGACACCCAGAGGUUCCUCAGCAGGGAGCGGGCCGACGCCCUGAUGGGCCCGCUGGUGGACCAGCUGGGGAACACCGCAGGAGGAGACCAGGUGUACCAGGUGAUGGUGACCCAGCACCUGGUUCCCUGUGUGGGUCAGUUCUGUGCAGCGCUGACUGACGACUCGCAGUGGAAGACCCUCAACUACCAGGUCCUCCUGAAGACCAGACACCCCGAGUCCAAGGUGCGUUUCUCCUCUCUGUUGGUGCUGAUGGAGUUGGCGUCCAAACUGAAGGAGAACUACAUGGUUCUUCUUCCAGAGACGAUCCCCUUCCUGGCUGAACUGAUGGAGGAUGAAUGUGAGGAGGUGGAGCAGCAGGUCCAGAAGGUGGUUCAGGAGAUGGAGAACAUCCUGGGAGAACCGCUUCAGAGCUACUUCUAACACACACGCACAACUUUUUAAACAUUAUUUGUCCUCUUUGGAUUUUUCUUUGGAAUAAACAUUUAAGUCAAUUUUCAAACAACAAAACUA